GCCAGAAAUAAUAGCAGAUGAUAUUGCUGUCUAUUCUGUUACAAAAUGAAUGACAAUAAUGGGGAAAAUAUCGUAAUUUCUGGAAUCUCAGGACGAUUUCCAAAGAGCCAAAAUGUUGAAGAAUUAUCGAAAAAUCUCUAUGCCAAGAUCGAUAUGAUAAGUGAUGUAAAAACCGGCGAUGAUUUCAAUGCGAAAGUUCCAAAACGGAGAGGCAUCAUUGAUAAUUUAAAUAAAUUCGAUGCAUCUUGCUUCCAUGUGAGCACAAGACAGGCGGAAGCAAUGUCACCAGAAAAUCGAAUCUUAUUGGAGGUAGCAGUUGAGGCGAUAUUCGAUGCUGGGAUUAACCCUGAAUCGUUGAGAGGUUCAAACACAGCUGUAUGUUUGGCUCAAUCGACGUACGACUCAAUGUAUACUAAUGUUUACGGUGAUGCAUCUAGCGACAUACAUUCUUUCUUGGGAACGUCGUCUCCAAUAGCCGCAAAUCGUGUCUCAUUUAGCUUGGGUUUACGCGGCGUCUCGAUUGCGAUCGAUGUUUCCUGUGCUUCAUCAUUCGUAGCAUUUGAAUUAGCUACAAACUGGAUACGUCAGGGAGUCUGUGACGCAGUUCUAGUUUUAACAGCAAAUGUGCAAUCACAUUCAGUUAUUCCGAAAAUGUUUGCAAGGUUAAAUAUGUUAAACCCGGAUGGUUGCAGCCGGCCAUUCGACAAUAAUGCAAACGGAUAUGUGCGUUCCGACACAAUAUCCGGAAUAUUAGUACAAAAGCAAAAACAUGCAAAACGAAUUUAUGCGAAGGUGGAACAGGUCGCAUGCAAUCAUGACGGGUUUAAAGUUAAAGGAAUCACUCAUCCAAGUGGUGAGAGUCAAAGUGAGUUAUGCGACAUGUUGUACAAGAGAGCCGGAAUCAGUCCGUUAGAUGUUCAUUUUGUGGAAGCUCAUGGUACAGGUACCAAAGUUGGUGAUCCGGAGGAGUGCCAUGCUAUCGAUACGGUGUUUUGUAAGAAUCGUACGGAGCCACUGUUGAUUGGAUCGACUAAAUCAAAUAUGGGACAUGCAGAAGGAGCUUCUGGAAUAAUCUCGAUUAUGAAAGCGAUUUUCACAUUUCAAACUGGCCUCAUCCCGCCAAACAUUAAUUUCUCGAUCGUACGUCAAGAUAUACCAGCAUUGGCCAGUGGUAGAUUGAAAGUGUGCACAGAACCGACUCCGUUAAAAGGUUCUCUCAUUGCCGUUAACGUUUUUGGCAUUGGUGGCGUCAAUGUACACGCGUUACUGCGAAAGGCCGAUAAACGGGAUAGACCGAAUCGCGAUGAAAGCUUACCGAUCUUAAUUUGCUGGUCUGGACGAACAGAAGAGGCUGUUCGCACAGUAUUCGAAAGAUUAAAAUCGAUUCCGAUUGAUGUGGAGUUUAUUGCGCUUUUGCACAACAUCCAAAAAACAGAGUUCAAGGCACAUCUACACCGCGGCCACAUUUUAUUGAAAGGUGAUGAGGGCGACACAUUACCGCAAUGUAUUGACGAGAAAACAUCGGCGGUUGAAGAACAAAAUAACCGACCGAUCGUGUGGAUGUUCUCCGGAUUAGGAUCACAAUAUCCAAAAGUUGCACAGCAUUUAAUGCAAAUUCAACCGUUCGCAAAUUCCAUCUCGAAAUGCCAUGAGGUCUUAGCGCAAUUCGACAUGGAUCUAAUUGCGUCGUUAACCCAAGAUGAAUCAGCGUUUGACAAUCUGGUAAAUUCAUUCGUUUGCGUGACUGCCAUUCAAAUUGCUCUUGUUGAUGUACUGAAGUUGCUGAAUGUACCGGUUGACUUUUACAUUGGUCAUUCGAUGGGUGAAAUUGGUUGCGCGUACAGUGACGGGGGUUUGACUCUGGAGCAAACGAUUAUCAUGUCAUAUUAUCGUGGUAAAUGCAGUGUUGAUGGGAAAACUACUGAUGGUGCAAUGGCAGCUAUCGGAUUGGGCUAUGAUGAAGUCAAGAACAGUUUACCGCCAUCCAUUCAAGUUGCAUGCCGCAACAGUUCCAAUUCAUGUACGGUUUCUGGUCCCAAAACGGAUAUUUUGGAAUACAUAGACAAAAUGCGAUCGACAGAGAUCUUUGCCAAAGAAGUGAACUGUGGCAAUAUUGCUUUCCAUUCAAAAUAUAUCACGGAGGCCGGUGCAAAAUUAUUGGAAAAAUUGAAAACCGCGAUUCCAACAAAAGUUGAAAGAUCACCGAAAUGGUUAAGUACAAGCAACGAGCAGCAUCAGUGGCAUACGGACCUGGCGAAAUUUAGUUCAGCCGAUUAUUUUGUAAAUAAUUUUCUGAAUCCCGUCCUCUUUGAAGAGACGUGCAAACUUUUACCGGAACGUGCAAUUGUUAUUGAAAUUGCACCGCACCGAUUGAUGCAGUCGAUUGUGAAAAAAUCACUUCCAAAUGCUAUUUACGUCCCACUCACAUUCAGGCAACACAAUAACCAAGUCGAAUUUUUGACGAUGGCUUUGGGAAGGUUGUACAUGAGCGGUGUUACACUACAAAUCGAUCGCCUGUAUCCAGCCGUUACAUUUCCGGUGUCGCAAGGAACUCCAAUGAUUUCACCGCUGAUAAAAUGGAAUCAUGAAAGAGAUUGGCCAACAAUUCAAAAUAAAACCGUAGAGAUGGUACACCACGUACAAAAUACGAUCUACGUCCGGUCUUCGGAUGGCAAAUACAAAUUCAUUGACGGACAUCGCAUUGAUGGACGGUGUAUCCUUCCUGUCGCAUUCAUACUGAAUUUUGUCAAGGAUACUGCAAUUGGUGCUGAUGCCAAAGCAUUCGGUUUGAAUGCUCCGAUUGAGAGUUUAGUGUUCGAAAAUGUAAAAUUUCUGUCAACGACUGAAUUAAAGCCAAACAAUGACAUCAAACUGUCGGUCUCGCUUCAGCCCACAAAUGGUAAAUUUGAGGUGUACGAAGGAACAACGGCUAUAGCAAGUGGAUUUAUUAAAUGUACCAGUACUCCCAGUUCAAUACGUGAUGUCGCAGCAGAAGUUCUUCAUAAAGAUCUGCCCAUUUUGACUUCAUCGGACGUUUACAAGGAAUUCCGUUUGCGAGGCUACAAUUAUGCCGAUGAAUUCAAAACGAUUUGUUUAUCAGGUAUGGACGGCUGCUAUGGCCAGCUUAAAUGCAAGAAUAACAAUUGGACCACACUUAUGGAUGGUAUGAUACAAUUGGUUCUAUUAUCGAAAGACACGCGAUCAUUGCUAACACCGGUAGAGAUUCAUCGAAUUCAAAUCAACGUCAACAAUCACUUCAACCGGUUAAAUGGCACCCACACCCAUGGUGAACAGUUAUUCGCCACUUAUUACUCAAAUGAACAUUCUACAAUAGUUUGUGGCAGCAUUGAAAUGUCUGAUGUCAAAUUUGAUCCAGUGGAACGAGAUGGGCCAGAUGGUAUAGAAGUAUUGCAAACAUAUCAGUUUGUGCCACUAAUCGACGCUGAUUUGCCAAAUUUUAUUGAUGCUGUCGGUGUUUGUAUUGAAUUGGCGUUGGAAAAAAAUCAAGAAGAACGAGUGUUAUUGCUAGAAAUUCAUUCCGGCGACGGUAAUCCUGCAAUCGAAUGCAUUUACGAAAUUUUUCAAAAAAUGCCCCUGAUUGUCGCUGAUCUGACGUUACUAAUUGGAGAUGACGAUAUUGUGCCGCUAAAUUGCGAAUCGAUUAAGCGCAAAGGCUACAACUCAAGUCUGGAAGACGAACACUACACCUUCAUAGUAAUGAAGGAGUGCAUGCAAAACAAUCGAUUUUUAGAAAUGGCGAAGCGCAGUUUGUCGAAGGAAGGAUUUUUUAUCUCUAUUGACGAGAUUCAUGUGAACAUUACAGUACCGCAUGACUUUACAGUAAUAUCCCGGAUUAGUUGUGAUGAAUGGAUAAUAACUUUACUGCAACGGAUACCGAGUGAGAGCGACGACUACAAAAUCAUCCACAUUGACUCUGAAGACAGAAAUUUCAAAUGGUUGCGAAAAGUACAAGAAGCGAAUGCAUCGGAUCAUGUUCUUUUGGUGGCUCAGCAUGACGAAACGUCUGGAGUAUUAGGAUUAAUCAAAUGUUUGCGUCUUGAAUUAGACACGAAACGGUUACGAUGCAUAAUUAUCGAAGAUGUACAUGCCUCGCCAUUUGAUGUGAAUGUUUCGUUGUACAAGAAUCAAUUGCUGUUGCAAUUGCCCAUAAACAUUUAUAGAGACGCGAAAUGGGGAACUUAUCGGCACUUAGAUCUGAAACCAGCUACUGUUCAAUGUGAAUCGAAAAAACGGAUGAUUGUCAAUGUCGAACAAAUUAACGGACAGCGGACGUACCAUUGGAUGCCUCAAGCUGAAUUGGACCCAGCAAAUGAUAUCGUCAAAGUUCAGUAUGCUACGCUGAAUUUUUGCGAUAGAUUGGUAGCGAGAGGCAGCCUGCCGAACAAUGUAGCUAUCAAAAAUCGCUUGGACGAAUACCGUCCAUUGCUUGGUUUUGAAUGUGCUGGCGUUACAGAUAAUCAGAAACGUGUGAUGUGCUUCUCAUUAAGCGGUGGUCUACUGUCCACUCACAUAUGUCGCGCAAAUGCCGAUAUUGUGUUGGAAGUACCAGACACUAUGUCACUUCGAGAUGCUGCCACCAUUCCACAUGCAUAUUUCACCGUUUACUAUGCGUUUUUCGUAAAAAAUUCUAUCAAAUCAGACCAAUCAAUUUUGAUUAAUACGGACUGUGGUGGCGUAGGAUUAUCAGCAAUUCGUGUAUCACUUGCAUACGGUUUGAACGUUUUCACGGUCGUUCCAACCCGACAAACUCGGGGAUUUUUGCUAGACAACUUUCCACAAUUGAAAGAACAAAAUGUUGCGAUCUCUAGUGACUACUCCGUUAAAGAUCUGGUAAUGAAUAUAACAAACAACGAAGGCACAGAUUUUGUACUGAAUGCGUUAUCAGACAACAAGCAUCAGCAGGCAAGCAUUCGAUGUUUAAAACGCGGCGGAACAUUUAUGGAACUGGGAAAAUUUGAUGCGCAUAAAAGUUCGGAAUUUGUAAUGGAUGCAUUAAGGAACGGCAUCAAUAUCCAAUCAAUUGUAAUUGAACACGCAAUUCAACGUUCGCUUGAACGAAACACAGUGAUCGAACUGAUGAGAGACGAUAUAAAACGCAGAAUAAUUCAUCCAUUACCGCUGACAGUGUUCGAAGCUGACGACCUUGAGAAUGCAUUCAAAUAUUUGACAAACGCCGAAACAGUUGGAAAAAUUCUUAUUGAAAUACGUCGCACUGAGAAUUCGGAAUGUACGUUACCAGUUACAGUAUGGCCAAGAGCAUUAUUCGAGCCCGAGUUGAUCUACGUUUUAAUUGGUGGAUUGGGCGGAUUUGGACUAGAAUUUGCUGAUUGGAUGAUAAUGCGAGGUGCUCGUAAAUUGUCAUGCAGUACUAGACGAGGCGUCUCCGAUCAGUAUCAACGGUCUCGAAUAAAAAAAUGGGAAUCGUAUGGAUGCACCAUCGUAAUCAACACAUCCAACGUAACAACAUUCAGUGGUUGUGCAGAAUUGUUAUCAACAGCAACAGAACACGGUCAAAUCGGUGGAAUAUUCAAUUUGGCAGUGGUGUUACGUGAUGGAAUUUUAGCAAAUCAAACGACUGCAAAGUAUACCGAAAGCUUUGCACCGAAAGUGUGGGCUACCGCACAUUUGGACACGUUGAGUCGUACGAUGUGUCCAAGACUUUCUUAUUUCGUUGUUUUUUCAAGUUUUUCCAGUGGUUAUGGCAACCCUGGUCAAUCGAAUUACGGUAUGGCCAAUUCGAUAAUGGAAAAAAUUAUCGAACGACGAACACGCUGUAACUUGCCAGGGAAAGCGAUUCAAUGGGCUGCAAUUGGAGAUGUCGGAAUCUUAAUGAGUUUGUGCGAUGACAACAUUAGGGUUGAUUUACGUGGUACGGUGCCGAAGCGAAUGGACACAUGUUUAAAUGCGUUGGAUGAACUUUUGACGCAUAGUGAACCGACUGUUGCGUGUACGCAGGUCCAACUGAAAAAGCAACAGACGACGAACAAAUUUAAUGUGACGGAAAGCAUUUGUCAGAUUCUUGGCAUUGAUCAAAAGUUGAUUUCCAUGAAUGCAAGGCUCUCUCAUCUAGGAAUGGAUUCGCUAAUGGCGGUCGAAGUGAGGCAAAUGCUUCGACGCGAAAUUAAUUUGGUAUUAAGCUAUGAUCAGAUUAAAAAGGUUACCAUUGGACAACUAAACAAUGAUCCCAAAUCAAAUCAAUCGAACACGGUGUUGGAGGCUUAAGUACACAAUUUAAAUUGUAGCAUAAACAGCUGGCAAGGAAAUAAAAAAUGUAAAAAUAAAAU